CUUUUCUUUGUUUAAUAUUAAAAGAUGUUUAAAUUAGUUAACGAUGAAGACUCAAGUACUUCAAAAUCAUCAAUUAAAAGCAAUCUUUCAUUGAACGAUAUUGGGAAUAGUAUUAAUAGUUAUAAUAAUAAUGAAGUCAAAAAGUGCUCAUUGCCUUUAAGAGUUAUUGGUGUACAAGAGAAUAGUUGCAUAGCAUUUACACCAGAUAAUAAUAGAUUUGCUUUUAUUUCAGGAAAUGGAUCAAUAUAUAUAACUAAAGAGAGUGACCAUUCAUUUGAAAUCGAAAAUGUUUUAGUUGGCCAUACUCAUCAUGUAAAUUGUUUAUUAUUUCAUCCAACACAACCAGUUUUAGUAUCUGGUGGUUUUGAUGGUAUUAUUAUUUGGGAUUAUAUUAAAGGUUUUAUUAUUAAAAAAAUUGGUACUCAUAAAGAUCAAGAUUCACAUGAUUCUAAAGUUGAAACUUUAACAUGGUUAUACGAUGGUACCUCAUUAGCUAGUGGUUCAAAAGAUUCAACAAUCAAAAUUUGGGAUUUUAUUAAAGGCGAUUAUCAUUUAUUAGAAACUAUUUCAGCACACAAAGCACCAGUUACAUGUUUUAAUUUUUGCAAGAAUAGUGGUUUAUUAGCAAGUGCAGGUAGAGAUUCAUCAGUUAAAGUUUGGGAUGUUUCAACUUUGCAACCAGAGCAAAGAUCAAAAAGAUCAGAUGAUUCCUCCAUUAAAGUAGCUUUAUAUUGUACAUUAGAUGGUCAUAUGGGUGAUGUAGUAUCGAUGGUAUUCAACAAAGAUGGUAGCAUGUUGUUUUCAGGUGCUAGAGAUAAUGAAAUCAAAGUUUGGGAUGUAAAAAAGCAAGAAGAAAUUCGUUCAAUUAAAUUUAAUAAAGGUGAAGUCACAAGUAUGGAACUUUUAUCAAAGGAUUCAAUUUUACUCACCUCAUCAAUCGAUGGAUCUAUUAAAUCUAUAAAGUUAGCAAAGGCAACCUCAGUUGGAGUUAAUGAUGUAUUACAAAUCGAAGAGUUAGCAAAAGAAGCCCAAAUUAUUGAAAACAAUGCAAUUUCUGGUAACACCCUAUCCUUGGGUCCAAGUUCGAUUAGUAUCGAUGAUAUUGGUCUCGGUGAUCUCUCAAUUGGUUUAGAUAAUGAAAAAGAUAAAAUCCUCUAUUCUUACGAGCCUUAUGACAGUGUUGGUAUCUCAUCAAUGUGUAUUAGUCAAAACGGUGCCUUCAUGGCCACAUCAUCAGAUAGAUCAGUUAGAAUUUGGAAACUUUUACCAAACAACUACACCGACAAACCAACAUUGUUCCACGAGUUUGUUGGUCAUAGAGGACCCGUAAAUUCAGUAUUCCUCUUAGCAAAUUCAGAACUAUUAAUUAGUGGAAGUACAGAUUACAACAUUUUCAUCUACAACCUAAAGACAAUGAGAAGAGAAGCAGUAUUCAAUUUUGAAGGAUCAGUUUAUACACUCUGUGUUGCAAAAAAAGAUAAUCAAACCAUAGUAUUUGUAGGUGGCAAUCAUUAUGACAUUAAAGGCUAUUGUAUACAAUCAAAUGAAAACGAGCAACUAAUGCGUGAAGUUAUACGUUUCUCUGGACACAGUGGUAAAGUUCAAGCAGUUGCUAUUAGUCCAGACUCAACAUUUAUGGUUAGUGGUGGUCAUGAUUUUGAUAUAUUGGUUUGGCAAAUUAAAAUUCCAUAUCAUUAUCGUGGUGGUGAUGAACAUAAUCAACUUCAAAAACCAUUAAACAAACAUUCAUUCCAUAAAGGUCAUAUCACAUCACUCUCAUUUAACCACAACGGUAAAUAUUUAGCAUCAUGUGCAACUGAUCAUUCAAUAGUUGUCUGGGAAUGCUCUUCUUCAAAUAAAAAGAUCUCUCGUUUCAUCACAAUUGAACAGGCACACCAAAGUGUAGUUUCAUCAGUCGCAUUUGGUUCAAAUCAAUCACAACAAUACUUUUUCUCUGCCUCAUGGGAUGGAAUCAUCAAGGUAUGGGAUCUUAGCAACCCAAAGAAAACAUCUAAAUCAAUUAAUGAUUUCAAAGCCCAUAACUCCCGUAUAUCUUCUAUCAAAGUUAGUGACGAUGGUGAACUUUUAAUUGCCGCUUUUUCAGAUGGUCAUUUGAAAACAUUUUCAACUUUAAGACCAUGGAACUUAGUUGCCGAAUAUACACCAAACGACAACACAAGUUGCAAUUGUAUUUCUUCAAAUUCAAGUAUUAUUGUUUCAGGUAGUGACAAUGGUAUGAUUAGAUGCUGGCCCAUAAAUAUAGGCAACAACAAUGACAAUAACUAA